AUGAACGACAAAUAUCCGAGAACACAAACACCUCGAGUAUACGGCAAACAGGAUCAAUUGUUCGGACGACGCCGUUUAGAGCCAAUCCUGCAAAUAUCUUCGCCAAAAACCGAGUCUCCAACUGGACGAAUCGCUCAUUGGUUUCCAGAAAAUCCAGAUUUGCUCAGCCCACCACCGCGGGUCAAUACUUGGUCUUCAGUAUCGAAUGAUCUCGAAUCGCACAAAAAGGAGUAUAAUAGCACAUUCACACAAGCUCAAUACAGUGAAAAUUCGUCGAAUCUCCCAACGAGCAUGAAUUCUCCAUACGAAAUGAAAUUGGACGAAGUCAAAGACGAGCUAGAAAAAAUCGAUGUGAAUUCAAAAAACGCGGAAGAUGAGAAAUCGAGAAUUGAGAAGAUUCGAGAAGAUUGGAAAGCAAAAGAAAUGACAGAUCCAGAAAAUUGGCCGAAAUUGAAAUUGAAAGAGAAUUAUGAUGAGGACCCGCUCUAUCAGACGAAGCAAAGCGAGGUAGAAGGGGAUUUGAAGAGAUUUAGGCAUUCGAAAAUGACCACGAAAACUAGUGAUGAGCAAUGUUCGGAGGAAGAAGAAGACCUAGAGGAAGAAGAUGAAGAAGACGUUGAAGCGGAACGAGUGAUUCAGGAGAAUAGCAGUGAGGAUAAUCGAUUUGAGGCAUCGGAAUUGAUUGAAUACAAGUGUCAUGAUUGGUGUAUUGCGUUGAGAAUCGAUCGGCAGAAAAUGGAAAAUGGCGAUUAUCAGCUGCUCGUCUACAGUUACAAGCGUGGCAUCGAACGUCUGAUCGUCUCAAUUCAACAAAUUGAUUCACUCGGAACGUCUCUCCUCUUCAAAUAUCGUUAUCGAGCAGACAACCAAUCAAUCGACGUCGUUCAAAUCUAUUCAGCACUUCCGUCAACCGGUCUAGUCAGUCUAAAAUAUCGAACGAAUAAAAGCAUCGAGUUGCGAAUUUAUGGACUUGUGAAUUUUGUGGAUUUCGAGAAGGAUCCUGGACAGUUCUCGCAUUCGACAAUGAUAUGGACCGACGUGAUUGGACCGAUCUAUUUGACGCCGGCAGAGAGAACAAAUAUUCGAAGAAAGAGUCAAUAUUCAGAGAAGAACCUGUUCGCACCACUCAGAAUGUGUCAAUUUACCGUUAAAUCCGACUUUUCAAACUCUUUGCCGAACGGAAGUAUGAUCAAAUGGAACGUAACCGCCUAUACUGCAUUACAAGAAGAAGUACAGAAAGAUGGCAUUGGACGCAAUUUCUGGCCGGCCAGAAUCAUUCGAAUGGACGAUUUGGUUGUAAAAAUGAAGAUUCUUGCACGAGAAGUGAAUACAAAAGAAAUGCAACACAAAUACCUUCAGAAUAAUACAAACGGUGGAACUACUCUAACCUCUCAAUCGAAUCGAGAUCUUCGUGUCUUUUGUGGUCCUCAUCUCACUGGAAUUCUCAAUUCCGCCGGUCCCAAAUAUUUCCAAGAGGGAACUAUGAUGGCAUUCGUUGUUCCUUAUUAUCAGAAUCGAGAAUUCGCCUAUUUCGAAGCGCUGAUCGCUGGACCGCCCAGAGUCGUUAUGAUAAUUACCGAAGGACGUUAUCUCAGUUAUACACCCAAGACAUGGCCAUCGAGGGUGCAAACGAUGAGAGAGAAGUAUAAUAAGAUCUGUGAGACAAAACCAAUAGUCCGUCCACUACCAACCAGCAUGAAACUCGACGAAUACCGUCAAAAAUAUCGUCUCGGAUUCAAAGAAUUCAAUUUUGAUUUUCAAUAA